AUGCUGAAGAUGGCCCAAAGAUUGAAGAAGAACGCAGAAUUCAUGCUGAAGCUACGCAUUGCCAUCGCGCUGAGCAUGCUCGACCGCCCUGGCGAGCCCUCACGACCGCAAGACAAGCUGGAGGCACGCAUCUACAUCUACCUCAACCCAACCUCCAGGGCAGCUUUUGACGCGAUCGCCUCUCCCGAUGUUCCCAUAAAUUGCCUUGCCCCAUUCCGAUUCAGGGGUAGUUUCCAGCUGAUCAUGCCCGGACACCCGAUGGACAUGAAUUCGAAAGAGCAUGCCUUCAAAAAAGACCACCGUAUUAGCGAGUGGACGAAGAUGCGGACUUUCCUCGAUGAGUCUGGAAACCGAGAUGCAUUUCUCGCGUUCACGCACUUCUUCUAUGGCGCCGUAGACCAAUCGAUCCUUAACGGCCCUCUCCCAAUAUACCCUGAAGAUAUUUAUCGGGCUCGUGUGCUCCAGGCGGUCAAGGUGCAAUAUCCAAAUAUUUGGAGUAACCUGUCGAAUCCCAUGAUAGACGCAAUAAAUCAACAAAUUGCCAAUGACAAGGACGAUCUCUUGAAACUGCAUGCAGAAAUGGCGGAUGUAGACCUCCACUGGUUGAGACACGAGAUCAACAAAGCAGCCGAAUGA